UUUCAUUCGGUUUGAGACGCUCGGCUGGUUGCGUGGUCCCAUGUCACGCGGCUCAGUGUCAGUAGCGAACGUUCGUGCCGGUUAAGCGAGCAUCCGUAAUUCAUUUCCCCUCUAGUUCGUUCCUAGUGCCCGCUGUUAAGUUCUCGGGGACUUGAUUCAGUUACUAGUGAAACUCUGAACAUUUUCUCGUGCGGUAGUUGCAGACGUAAGGUGGUUGAACUCAGGGUUUCGUUCCUGAGUGACUUGUGAGAUAAAUCCUGUACCUCUUCGGAAGCAAUACCGUCAACAUGAAGAGCAAGGCGCUUAGCUUGGCGCCUUUAGCACUGUUGCUACUAAUACAAGCUUCAUCUGUACUUAGUCGGAUAGCGUUCGAGAAACUGACGGAUGUGGACUUCAGUGGUACUGCGUAUUACACCGUGCGGAACCUGUCCUUAUACGAGUGCCAGGGCUGGUGCCGAGAGGAACCUGAUUGUCAGGCGGCUUCCUUCAGUUUCGUCCUCAAUCCUCUAACGCCCGUGCAGGAAACCAGAUGUCUGCUACAAAACGAUACACAGGCCAAUAACCCCAUGGCUACACCGCAGCGUUCCGUGAACACUUACUACAUGGUUAAGCUGCAAGUACGCUCGGAGAGUGUAUGCUUGCGGCCAUGGGCAUUCGAAAGAGUACCAGGGAAAUCACUCCGUGGUCUUGACAACACGAUCAUCUACACUUCAACUAAGGAAGCGUGUUUGGCUGCGUGUCUCAAUGAGAAAAAGUUACCGUGCAGAUCCGCAGAAUAUGAGUACGGAAGCAUGAGAUGUGCCCUGAGUGAUUCCGACAGACGCACCGCUCAACAUUUUGUUCAACUAACCGAUACCCCUGGCACCGAUUACUUUGAGAACUUGUGCCUGAAGGCUGGACAGGCCUGUAAGGGCCAACGCGUCUUCACCGCGCCGCGCGUAGGAGUCGCCGAAGAUAAGGUUGCUCAGUAUGCAGGACUGCAUUACUACACCGACAAAGAGUUACAAGUGACGUCAGAGGCGGCUUGUCGGCUUGCAUGCGAAAUCGAAUCUGAGUUCCUGUGCCGAUCGUUCCUCUAUCUCGGAGCUCCGCACUCCGCUGCCUACAACUGCAGACUGUACCACCUCGACCACCACACGCUGCCCGACGGUCCUUCCGCCUAUCUGAACGCCGAAAGACCUUUGAUCGACGACGGCGAACCGAUCGGAAAGUACUCCGAGAACUUCUGCGAGAAACCGGCGAGCAAUGCGAACCCGCCCGGAGAGUUACCUGUGACGAUCGAACACCAGCAAGACACGAACAUGUCUAGCAACCUCACCAGGAACGAUGCUAAUUGCGACAAAACGGGAACAUGUUACGACGUGUCGGUGCUUUGCAAGGAUACAAGGAUCGCAGUGCAGGUCCGCACGAACAAGCCCUUCAACGGUCGGAUCUACGCUUUGGGUCGCUCGGAAACAUGCAACAUUGAUGUAGUCAAUAGCGAUCUUUUCCGCUUGGACCUCACCAUGGCCGGACAGGACUGCAAUACUCAGAGCGUGACUGGGGUAUAUUCAAACACCGUCGUACUGCAACACCACAGCGUGGUCAUGACGAAAGCCGACAAGAUCUACAAAGUCAAGUGCACGUACGACAUGAGUUCGAAGAAUAUCACAUUCGGAAUGGUGCCGAUCAGAGAUCCAGAGAUGAUUUCGAUCACGGCUUCUCCGGAAGCACCUCCACCGCGCAUUCGCAUUUUGGACACUCGUCAACGCGAGGUCGAUUCUGUUCGCAUCGGAGACAGCCUCGCCUUCCGUAUCGAGAUCCCGGAAGACACCCCUUACGGUAUCUUCGCUCGCAGCUGUGUCGCUAUGGCUAAAGACUCCAAGACCACAUUCCAGAUUAUUGACGACGAAGGAUGUCCGGUCGAUCCCGCUAUAUUCCCAGGUUUUACUCCUGAUGGCAACGCGCUGCAGUCGAUUUACGAAGCCUUUAGAUUUACCGAGUCUUACGGUGUAAUCUUCCAAUGUAAUGUCAAGUAUUGUCUUGGACCUUGUGAGCCGGCGGUGUGCGAAUGGGGCAGAGAUUCUCUCGAGUCUUGGGGAAGAAAGAAGCGUUCGCUUCCUCGCAACGACACCGAAGGCCCCGCUCAGGACGAAGAAAUGAAUAUCUCCCAAGAAAUUUUAGUCUUGGACUUUGGUGAUGAGCAUCAGAGCACUGAUUUUCUACGUUCUGACAAGCCCGGCGGAGUUGCUUCCGAGGCCAACUUUGGAGAAAAAACGGUCACGAUCGUGGAGCCCUGUCCCAGUAAAGCUUCAGUGCUCCUGCUCGGAGUCGCGUGCGCGUUGCUCGUCCUUCUCUACAUAGCGACGAUCUUCUGCUACUACAUGCGCAAGUGGCUGACUCCGCCGAAGCACAUGUCGUAAUUUAUCAUAAAUCUCGCCACAUCGCACAAUGUUUCGUGACUUCACCACUCUCACUCAGGAACUUGUGAUACAAAUGACACGUGUGCUUACUGCUUAGUGAGAGUUUUUUAACUUUCUCGAUAGCGUAAAAUUAACUCAAAUUUGUAUGCAGUUGGAACAGCGUCCCUAGCCUAUUUCUGCCGCGAAGCAGUAAUGCGUUUCAGUUUGAAGGGCGGGGCAGCCGUUGUAACUAUACUUGAGACCUUAGAACUUAUAUCGCAAGGUGGGUGGCGCAUUUACGUUGUGGAUGUCUAUGGGCUCCAGUAAACACUUAACACCAGGUGGGCUGUGAGCUCGUCCACCCAUCUAAGCAAUAAAAAAAAAAGCGGCAAAUGUAAGCAAUCGUUCCGACUCCAUACAAAUUUGAGCUAACUUUCUCGCUAUCGUGAACGUUACAAAACUCGCACUAAGCACACUGAGCUCCACUCGCGAGUAACAUAGUAUCGUCAAAUCACGGCGUUCUGUUUUUAAGAAUAUUGGCAAGAUGUAACCACCGGGUCUGCAUUUAUAUUAGAGGUAAUCUAUUGAAUUUGCAUGCAUUUACUUUAUUUAAAUUUGAAUAGGUUUAUUUUUAGAAAUAUAUUAGGUGUUUAAGCAGUCAAAAUGUGGAGCUGAAUAUUUCAAGGACAUUUUGAGUAUUUGCGAAAAUUCCAUGAUGCAUUUAUUCUUUUAUAAGUAUUAUUUAAGAACGUUUUUUUUUGUAUAAUUUUUUAGUACUUUUUAUAUUUAAGGAAUAUAAAAUUCGUUUGGAAUAAUCCCGAAAACCACCGUUUACAAUAAACAGGAAAAGUUUUACGGGAUUAUUCUGAUGUUAUAGAUUGGUAAAUAGAUGAUAAUUAAUGAUUUACAAUUCAAAUUGAUUUUUUUAUUUACUUGUGACUGAUACAUUUUUAAAUAAAAAGUCGUGUAACUUUUUAAAGCUAUGUUAUUCUAUGCAAAUUUUAAAAUUAAAUAUGAAUUAAAUUUUUAAAUGAGAGUAGCCUGGACUAUUUCAAACAAUUGUUUAGUUUAUAAAAAUGUCUGGUUUCUAAAUACGUAAAUUGAAUUAAUUGUAAAUAGAUCUUAAAAUCUUUUGCACUAGAAGAUUUUAUUGGGACUUUCAGUUGGGUUUUGUAGAAAUGUUACACAAUAUUGUACUUAGUUAAGAAUUUGUUUGAUACAUUUUUUAAAUCAAGUAACAUUGAGCUUGCUUCCCUUAGUUACUCAAAAAGCUACUUUUAAUUUCUAUUGUAUGCAUUAUUGUAUGCUUGAACGCUUCAAUCUAAGUACAAUGAUUUUUAAGAAAGAAAUAAAACAACAUUUCUUUCAACCCAACUUGAGAUUUCUUCUUAUUUAUUUAGAUAAAUGAUUAAUAACAUAUUUAUUUUUUCAAUAUUAAACAAAUAAUAAAUUUUGUACAAAUUA